AUGCUCGUGGAGUUUGAUGAAAGCAAAGGAAGGGCUCUCUUUGUGUCGCAUCAGUGGCUUAGCGAGGCUCAUCCCGACCCCGACAGUCAACAGCUGAAGGUCUUACAAGAUGCGCUCACAAAUCUGCUCUCAGGGCACAGUCGGAUCUCCACUGCUGUCUUCACCGAGCUGCUGCACGGGCGAGUUCCUGUACCCUCGGCGGCAGACCUGAAGGAGCAGCUGCUCUUUGUGUGGUAUGACUUCUUCUCUUGCCCACAGGGCAACAGCCCGGAUUCGACCAACAACCAGCGCAACGCCAUCAACAGCAUCCCGCACUACGUUGCCAAGAGCCAGUACUUCAUCAUCUUGACCCCUGCUGUGAGGCACCACACGCUGGGCCACGUGCUCUCGCAAUGGACUUGGGCUCAGCGGGGUUGGUGCCUGGCCGAGCGAAUGGCUCGCGAGCUGACACCCUCCAGGGGUCUCGUCAUCGUGGUCGAGGGCGCCACGCACCUGACGCUGCUGCCAGGAAUCACCAGCAUCCUGUACUCGCCAGGAGAGGGUAGCUUCACUCUGGAGGAGGACCGGGAGAAGGUUGCUGGCAUCGCCGUCCAGCUGGUGUGGAGCAGGAUGCAGCACUACCUCGCGGAAGGCGACCUUCACAACUACAGGUUCCUCCUGAACCAGCAGGUCCUCCGCCUCAAGGACCUCCCGGUGCUGCCCAUUGAAGUCCACGUCCCCGGCAUGGCUGUGGAUGUGGACCCCUUUGAAGACCCGGCGGCCUUCAUGCUGGCAAGGUUCAUGCACUUGAACGGCUUCAGCAGCGUCACGGAGGGCGACGAGGCAGGCUGGCCGCCGAUGUGCUAUGCUGCCAUCAAUGGCAAUCCAUCGCUGGUAACAUCACUGCUGCGGCUGCGCGCGGACGUCAACGACAGGACACGGCGACCGAAGCCCGAGGCACACCUCCCACGAGGCAUUCCGGCCCUGUGCCUAUGCGCUUGUUUCCGGAACAACGAGGCGAUGCAGAUACUCCUCUCUGCCCGCGCCGAGCUGAAUGCAAAAGAUGGCUACUCGCAAACGGCCCUGCACUGGGCAUGCCUAUCCAACAACGCAGAAGCCGUUCGGAUGCUCUUGAUCGCGGGCAUCGACCACACCCUUUUGUCGUCGCCGGCCGUGACCGCCUUCCAGGUGGCAUGUGCCUAUGGUGCUACGGAGGCCAUCCGGGAGAUUUUGGAGCAUGCUCCCACACAGCCUUUGCAGUAUGGUCUGCACUUCGCCUUCAUGAUGAGUCAGAACUCGCCGGAGCUGGUGUCCUUGCUUAUCAAGGCAAAAGCCGACAUCAACGAGCAGUUCUACAUCCGCAGGUCCGAAAAGUUUGGGCUUUGGGCCAGUAUCUGCUAUGGCAGUUUGAGGCACCGGGUCAGUUCCCCAACGCGCUUCAGUACUUUGGCCUACCACCACCAUGGCGCCACCCCCAUGAUGUGCAGCAUCAUCUGUGGCGCCUUCGAGAUCACGCACCUGCUGCUCUCAGCCGGGGCUCGCACAGACCUGCGGAACGGGCGCGGGCGUGUGGCAGCGGACCUGGCCAUGGAGGUGCAACAGGGGGAAACUGUUGGCGAUGCUGCCUGA